GCGAGAUGGUGGGUAGAAGGAAGAAGGGUACGGUGAUUGAGGGCUUACGAGAAUUGAACAGAAGAGGGGCCAGGACAGAGUGUGUGUGAAUGUUACCUUGCAAAGACCCUCAGCAGCCAUGGGCGAGUACAGCCGUUUCAUAGAUUGGGAUAAGAUGGACUCUUCUAUCCAGGACCAGGACUCGAAAGAGCUGACCAGCACAGAAUUCCAAGAGCUGAAGCAACUGGCUCGCCAGGGUUAUUGGGCCAAGAACCACUCGUUAAGAGCCAAAGUGUACCACAAACUAAUCAGCAACAUCCCUUGCCGCACCGUGACGCCGGACGCCAACGUCUACCGGGACAUUGUCGUGAAGAUUGUCGGCAAACGUAGCAGCAGCACCCUUCCCCUGCCAGAAUUUGUGGACGACAGCUUAGUUCCCACUUACUGUCUGAAUGCAGAGGGCGUCGGGGCAGUGAGGAAGAUCAUCUCGUGCAUCGCGAGCCAGUUCCCGGACAUAUCAUUCUGCCCGGCGCUGCCGUCGGUGGUGGCGCUCCUCCUCCACUACAGCAGGGACGAGGCGGAGUGCUUUGAGAAGGUCUGCCGCAUGCUGGCCUGCAACGAUCCCUCCAAGCGCUUCAUUGACCAGACUUUCUUGGCCUUUGAGUCCUCUUGCAUGACCUUUGGCGACCUGGUGAACAAGUACUGUCAGGCGGCUCACAAGCUUAUGGUGGCCGUGUCGGAAGAUGUGCUGGAAGUGUACUCCGACUGGCAGCGGUGGCUCUUUGGAGAGCUACCCAUGACUUACAUCGGACGCGUUUUUGACGUGUUCUUGGUGGAAGGCUACAAGGUGCUCUACCGUGUUGCCCUGGCCCUCUUGAAGUUCUUUCACAAAGUGAGAGCCGGGCAGACGAUGGAGUCAGACAACGUGCAGCAGGACAUCCGGGCGUUCGUUAGGGACAUCGCAAAGUCGGUGUCCCCCGAGAAGCUGCUAGAGAAAGCGUUUGCCAUCCGGCUCUUCUCGCGGAAGGAGAUCCAUCUUCUGCAGAUGGCGAACGAGAAGGCUCUUCAGCAGAAAGGCAUAACGGUCAAGCAGAAGAGCACUUCAUCUCCCAAAAGGCAGAAUGUCCACCUGGCAGUUCACGCUGAAAACUUCAAGUCUGAAAUUGUGGACGUAAAGAAGAUGAGAGACAUCUGGUCGUGGAUUCCCGAACGCUUUGCGCUUUGCCAGCCCCUGUUAGUGUAUACCACCUUGGAACACGGCUGCAGCUUGAGCAGGUUCUUUUCGCACUGCGAGGGACACGAGCCGACUCUCCUCCUGAUUAAGACGACCGCCCAAGAGGUCUGCGGUGCUUACUUAUCGACAGACUGGAAUGAACGCAAGCGAGGAGGAGGAAAGCUGAGUUUCUUCGGGACGGGGGAAUGCUUUGUGUUCAGGCUGGUGCCCGAAGUGGAGCGCUACGACUGGGUGGUAAUCAAGCACCCGGAGCUAGCCAUGUCUGGGCUCGAACAAGGAGCGGGCGCUCCUCAGGCAGCCGACCCUCCGCCCUCCUCUGCCGGUGCUCCCUCCGACCCUUCGGGCCGCCUCUCCCCCUUCCUUUCCGCCCGGCACUUCAACCUGCCUUCCAAAGCCGCCUCCAUGUUCAUGGCUGGGGACAGAGAAUGCAUCAUCAUAGGUGGUGGUGACGGGCAGGCUUUCUACAUAGAUGCCGAUCUGAACCAUGGAAGAACCAGCCAUUGCAAUACUUUCAACAACCAGCCACUGUGCUCCGAAAGCUUCCAGAUAGCAGUCCUGGAGGUCUGGGGCUUCAUCGACACCAUGAGCGGCUGAGGCAGCUGCCUCCGUUCAAAACUCCUGGCUCUUGGGGAAUCUUGGGAUCUUGAGCACAGUUCCAGUUGCAAGAGUCGAGCUGAUACCUGAGCACACAAAAUUAGCGGGCUCCUUGUAAUUCAGAGAUCUGGAGGUUCUCUUGAGGAGCGCCCUUCCAUGCAGGGCUCCGUCGUCCUUGCUGUCAAUUUCUUCGGAUGCGAUUUCUGUUGGACUCAGUGGGUUUGUGCAGCCCAUUAACUUUUUCGUGUCUCAAUCUGGAUACAUAUCAAGAUAUUUAUGGUGGCGAGGCAGUGAGCUCUUGUAUCCCCGUGUUGGCGCAUAGUCAUGUUGGAUCUGUCUGCUAAAUGCAGCUCAGCCUCUGACAGGCUACGUGAGCUUCUGAUUCUGGCAAGUAUUUGUAGGCAUCGAGGGGUGGAAGCAUUGUACUCUGCAGAAAGCUUCAGGUUUCUACCAGGAUCAAAACCCUGAAGGAAGCUGUGUGGGACAUGAAGUGAUGAUUAUUUAUUUUUUUCCAACCACAUCGCAUAGCAU